GUGUAGGGAGAUACGGUGCGUUCUCAUACAGUAGAGAGAGUGACCCACGUAUUAUACAGACUGCCCAAAAACUCGAAUUCCAGAAACCCGACGUCGCCUCCCAAAUUCAUUGGAUCGUUUUCACGUCGCCGACGACCGCCCGCUACAAGCUUCUUUGAAAGAGAGUGGUUUCGAUUUGGAAUUUGGGGUCGGUGAGAGAAUCAAUCAAUUCAUGGCUACUUUGCAACCGACGAGGGCUCGGGCGGAUCACGAUUAUCUCAUCAAGCUUCUCCUCAUUGGCGACAGUGGUGUUGGCAAGAGUUGUCUGCUUUUGCGUUUCUCUGAUGGCUCCUUUACAACAAGUUUUAUCACCACUAUUGGGAUUGAUUUCAAGAUAAGAACAAUCGAGCUUGAUGGCAAACGGAUUAAAUUGCAAAUCUGGGAUACGGCUGGUCAAGAACGAUUUCGAACAAUUACAACAGCUUACUAUCGAGGAGCCAUGGGUAUUUUGUUGGUGUAUGAUGUUACUGAUGAGUCAUCUUUCAACAACAUUAGAAACUGGAUUCGCAACAUUGAGCAGCAUGCUUCUGUCAAUGUCAACAAGAUUCUGGUGGGGAACAAAGCUGAUAUGGAUGAAAGCCAAAGGGCUGUGCCGACGUCUAGGGGUCAAGCUCUUGCUGACGAGUAUGGUAUCAAGUUCUUUGAGACUAGUGCAAAGACGAACCUGAACGUGGAGGAGGUCUUCUUUUCUAUAGCCAGGGAUAUUAAACAGAGACUUGCAGAAUCUGAUGCCAGGGGCACUGAGCCUCAGACACUUAGGAUUAACGAACCAGACAGAGCCGAUGGUCAAGCUGCACAACAGUCAUCUUGCUGUGGUUAGUAGAACAAGAGAAGGUUCUGUUGGUCGUACUGAUGUGGAUUUGAGGCAAACCUUGAUAACUCCAUAGUCGCCUCUCUUAGAUCUCUCAACUACCAGCAUUAGUAGUAAAAGUAGUUUUUUUUUUGCCCUUCGUAAUUCUAAAAUUUACAAUGACACUUCUACCUGUCAUUGUCUUUCGGGUCUAAGGGGCUUCUGCUUGUCAUUUCCUCUGAUGUAGAUAGAUAAUCAGGUUCGAGCUUCUUGUCAAGAGAGGUUUAAAGUUCAAACAAUGCCAAUUACCUUUCUGCAGUAAACCCAUCAUUUGUCAUUGUUUCUCCACAUUCUUUGUGACAUAUACCGAUACCGAUUAGACGAUUAAAGAACCGAUCAAACGCCCAGGAAACUUUUCACAAUUUAUAUAGUAACCCGGAUUCGGAUCUGGGGUGAGAGAUCAGCUGAUUUAGCAGGCUGCACACACAGGCAAAGUGACUUUUCUGGCAGCAGUGUCGAAGGGUGCAGCUGCUUUGAGUGAGCAACACCCUGUAAUUUGCUGCCAAUCUGAAAGGAAGUAAGAAUGAAGCAUAUGUAGGCGAUGCCAAAUUGGCCACGAAUUUGGCAUAGGUAGCCGGCCCAACCACUUGCUUCCGAGUUUGAUUCUCAUUUUCUGUAAAUUAGAGUAGUUUAUAUAUAUAUUUUUUUGCAAAAUAAAUAAGAUGUAAAUGCAGAUCCGGCACAUAUGGAAGAUAAAAAGCAACAUUUUUUUUAGUACGA